GAUGAAACGGUCCCCGCCCGCCCCAAAAUUCUCCUCCAUCGUUCGCGAUGAGAUCUCUCUCGUCGACGGAGACCGAGGCUUGUCCCCUGCUUCCCUCGCUCUCCGCUUGUGGCGCUGCGCUCUCGGCCGUGGUCGGGAUAGGUCGGCAGAACGAGACGAUGUACGUUCGAGGGAGGGAACGGAGCGUGGAGAUAGUCGACGAGGACGCUGGGUGGUGAGUGCCACCGUAACCGGGUCCUCCUCAGGGGUCCUACCGUCAGGACCACGGACAAUUUUCUCAUUUUUUUCCUUCCCGUUUCACGCGUUCUACCGCGAAAAAAAGGGGAGAACAACAAGAGAGAAGGACAGAUCGAUAGAACCGGCGGCAGCGGCGGCCAGUGUGCUUUUGCUUGCUCUCGCCUGUGCUUCGUCUCCACGCGGGGAAUCGAGAGCACACACCGGGGUGCGGCCGACGAUGGUGAAGGCCCCGACCAUGGGUCCCUCGACCGGCACCCAGGGGAUCAGGAAGAUUCACCCUGGGCCCGAAAUCGCGAUGAAUCCGAGGAAUCUGCCGACCGCGAACGCUACUACACCUCCCAGCAUCCGAACAGAUGGCAAGGCCACCUCUAUGUAUCAUCCUCAGGUGGACGUCUCGACUCAGGUGGAUCUGCAAGCCGGUUUCGUGGCACCAGCGGGCAGCAUCAGCAUCGACUGGGAUCGUAGAGCGACUCCUCUUUACUCUCGCGAGGACAUCAAGGAGCAGUAUUGCAUAACCAGCCGGCAAUUGGACGCGGUCGAGAAGUCUGGGGGUGGAUUCUUCGGCUGCCUGUCGACCAGGGGCCCGUCGCCGUGCGCCUCUGCCAGAACCUCGAUCCUCUCCGCCUGCGUGAGGAGCGUGCCCAGCGAUGAGAACCUCUGCGACGCCCCCUACCCCCGCCGAUCCCUCCAGAUCAUGUAUCGUCAACCUUACCCGACCUACUCGAGGGGUUUCUCUCGUUACGACUUGGAGGACGAGGCCGACUGGUUCGAGAGUUCCUACUUCAGGCGCAGACCGAGAUCAUUCUGCACCGUGCCUGAUCCGAAAAGAUACACGUGGCUUCCAGAGGACGAGGAGUCGACGAAGUUGGAGGGUCCUCGGCCGGUGUUGCCCCCGGCCCCGCCCCCGCCCACGUCGCAAGCACCGAAGACGAAACACGUGAGCUUCGCGAGAUCGUACACUCUUACGUCGUUCGACGUCCCAAGGAGCAGAAGCCCCCCAAGGCCGCAGAACCAGGAACGCCUUAUAGAUUCCCAGCCAACGAUGCAGAACGCCAUGCUUCCCUCGGCCUUACCCUUGAUGCAUCCGUACGCCGCUAACGAGCCCCGAGUUAUUGUCCUAGAGAAGCCACCGAAGCGCGGCACGAUGAAAACCCAGGCGACCCAGACCGAGAUCCCCGCCGUGUUCCGCGCCCGUGUGCCCGUCACCCUCAGCCCGAGGACGAUACACCGCGUGAAGAUGGUCUCGCAGGGGGCGCAGACCAACGGCCUGUUCAACGGCAGGAAGCUGACCAAGAGUUACUCGGAGGCAGGCCAGCUGGGCACGCCUUUGGGGCAGGCAGGUGCCGCGGGCAAGGACGGGGAAGAGCACCACGAGCCCCUCCACAGGACGCAGAGCGAGGAACCACCGAGGUCGCCCUUCCUCGUCGACACGCCACCCCCCCAGGGACACGUGGAGGAGCCGUUGACCAACGGGGACAUCUCGGAACCUGUCAUGGCCGUCUCCCAGGGUCGGCGGAGAUCGUACGAGUUGGACGACCAAGAGAUUCUGAUCGACUUCAAACCGGCGCCCGUGUCGCCGGACGCCCGCGCCCUUUUGAACCGGAUGUCCCAGACGGGGAGGAGGUUCCUCCCGUUGCAGAAGACACUGUCGGACGGCGAGAUCCGGGUUGAGAGACGCGAAUUGAUCGGGGAGGCCGGUGAACCGAGUUACCCGCACACGUGCAGGAGGAAUCACCAGGACCCCUGGGGAAGGACCGUCAGAGCACCCGUCCAAUUCUCCUCCACGCCCGAGGAUCUGUCCUUGCUCAGGGUCGCUUCGCCCCAAGAGGAUCAUCCCGAGGAGGAGUUUCACGAGAAUCUCAUCAGGCGAGGACUGUUCCGCAAAAGGAGCGUAUCGUUGGAAGAUGGCGUGCAAGGAUUGGCAUCCGACGAUUUUAUGCUACCCAGAUCGCUCCCCACGUCCCCUACAUCGCCGACAGCGGUAUCAGCGCCACGAAGGAUUUUACAAAGCCCAAAGGACUACGAGUCGCCGACACGUCCGUUGCGGCAAACCGGGCAAAUUUGCCCGUUACUUUUCGGCCCUGGAACCGGGAUAUCCGGUAUGAUCACAUCUCCGUUCGCAUCGAGCGAUUCGUUAACGAACGACGUCACGAGGGACCACAGCGACGGAAUUUGGAACGAGUCUCAGGCGACCGUGCUCCAGGCAGACUCGUUGGCCCUUUUGACACCGUCCUCGAGGAGAAGGCAUCUACUGCUUCUCCAGCAUCAGCAACGUUCCUCGAUGGACACCGAGGCGCUCGAUAUCGAAGAGACGAUGGAAUCGCGCCCAUCGAGUCCAAGGAUACGCCUCGAGGCUGCCACACCUAUUCAACCGUUAACGCCGAGGCAAUUACUUCUCAGCGUCGAAUCGUGCGUCACGUCGAUGAACGGAAGGCCGAGAGGCGGAUUCCGUCGUCCAAGCCCCGGGCCCCCCUUGUCCCAGCCCCAGUCGCAAUCCUCGAGCGAGUUCGGGCUGAGCCUGGCGCGGACCGACUCGGGCGGCCGGACCAACACGGACCUGUCCGAAACCUCGACGACCGAGGACUACGUCACUGCCAACACCUCGACCGAGACCGGGACCACUACGGGCACUUCCGCAACGACCAGCUCCUGGUCGAGGCCCCCGCAGACGUCGAGCGCAGCGGCCUCGGCCUCGGCGACAGCCACUGCCGCGGAGGGAAGCUCGUUCGAGAGCGCCAGCUCCAUUUACAGCCUGGCUCGCAGCGAGGAAGGGCACCGCUCCUCUUCGGGCGGCUACGCCGAGUCUCCGCCGGAUCUGCGCGGUUGGACCGAGGAGGAGAGGCGUAGACGAAGGAAGACGUUCUCCCUCGACUUUCUGGGGAGCGGCGCGGGAGUGGAGCGGAGCGCGGACUCGUACGGGGAGAGCGUUGAGUUGAGUCCAACGCCGAGCCAUCGUCACAGGCCGAGGGGGAAAUCGACGAGCGCGAGAAGCCCGCACAAGAACAACAGGAAGCGGGACGCGACGAUGUCCGUGCAGCAAUCGGCGCAGCAGCAGGCGCAGCAGCAGCAGCAGCAGCAACAAAUCAGCAGGAGCCCACAGAAGGAGGAUUGGCGCGUGGAUCAAGGGGAGGAUGGGGGGCAUGUGCCCACCUCGGACGAUUCCAGCUGCAGCCACCACUACCACAUGCACCAUCACCAUCAUCAUCACCUGCAUCGCGAGGGAGUGGAUGCAAGGCACAGGAGGACGAGGGAGAGUCCGAGGAGGAAGACCACUGGUUACGUUUCUACCAGGAGAAGGAGUAACGAGUGGGAUUUUCCAGACAAGAACGCGGCCAUAACGGGGAGCCUGCCACGAAGGAGGUCGCGAGCGGCGGACGACAUAAUGUGCUCGAGGUUGAGCCCGGGCCGUUAUCAACGAAGUCCGGGGCACAACGGGCAAAGGGCGGUGAUUGUCGAGUCGCAGAGCCCCGAGGCUAGAUUAAAGGCUCUUUCAGCGGAAUCGUUGAGGUCUGUCAGCCCUGGGAGCGACAGUGUUUUCUACAGCGAGGGGGCGGACCAAUGCUUGACCAUCGGCGCCCUUGACGCCCCCCAUUGCCACCACUGCGGCAGAGAGGUCUCGGAAGAGAUCGUUCGACCGCCGGCAGGUUUCGCGGACUCCCCCGAAGGGCACAGAUCCUCCACGUCGAAGCACGUGCCCGGCCACAGGCUGUACAAGAAGUUCGACAAGAGGUACCGGUCGGAGGAUCGUGGGGACAGGCGGCACAGGCGCAGCAGCGCGGGCAGAUCGGACGUCAGAGCGAAAUCGGAGGAGAGGGUGGCGUCGAGGCGGGGGAGCAGAGGUUCCAUCGACGACACAGCUGGAAGGAAGAGGCUUCACGCUAGGAGCACCGAUGUUAGCUUGGAGAUCCUUACUGGUCGGGAGGACGAGGACACGUACGUGGAGCCGUACACGAGCAGCGAGUGGAUUUACAUCGGCGAUCUCGAGGAGAGCCACGUAUGGAAGAGACCGGACGGCAGGGAAACGGACGACGAAGUUGGGGAGAGCGUGGCGAAGGAGAGGAGGGGCUCGCAGGAGUCGACCGAAAGUGAGAGAAACUUCAGGAAAAAGUAUCAGGCGACGACUCAGAGGAUAGUGCACCGAAAGAUCAGCGGGGAGAUGUAUAAGAGAAUACAGACCAAGUGUUUCGAGAGCGACAAGAGGGUGGUGGUGAGACGAGAGGCUGGCGGGGAGUUCGGUUUCCGGAUCCACGGCUCGAAACCGGUGGUCGUUUCCGCGAUCGAGCCCGAUACACCCGCCGAGAGCUCUGGCCUCGAAGUCGGCGACAUUAUAAUGUCGGUGAACGGAAAAAGCGUGAUGGACGCGACCCAUUCGGAAGUUGUGAGGCUCGCGCACUCUGGAACCGACGUCCUUGAACUCGAAGUGGCGAGGACGUGCAACGUGCUCGCGCCGCGGGUGUCCAGGCCCGGCACCAAGGAAGGAAACGACGAGGCGCCGCUUUGUUCCGGAUACCUGUGGAGGAAAUCCGCCACCUCCUCGAACACGGACAAGUGGGUGAGGAGAUGGUUCGCCUUGCGACGUGACAACUGCCUCUACUAUUACAAGACUGACGCGGAUUCACAGCCAGUGGGGGCGGUGAUGCUGAUAAAGUACGAUGUGGAGCAAACACCCGAGCUAAGGUUACACAGUUUCGCGAUCAAGAAGCAUGGCGCGCCGACGCUUCGACUCGCGGCGGAUACGGAAGAGGCAGCAGCUCGAUGGACGACGGUCAUCAAGGAGGCCAUUGAGAGAAACGACCAAGUCGACACCUGGCUGGAAGCGUCGUUAAGGAUGCGUGAGAUGGCGGCGUGCGCCAUCCACAGACCAGAUUGCUUUGGAUAUCUGAGCAAGCAGCAGGAACACGCAAGGAAAACAUCCUCGCCAACCGGUUGGUCGAGGCGGUAUUGCGUGCUGAAAGACGCUGCGCUGUACUUCUACGACGACGCGAACGCCGAGAAGGCGUUCGGUGUCGCCUGCCUUCACGGCUUCAGAGUGCACAGCAGCGCACCCACUUCCGGUGGCAGGAAGCACGCGUUCGAAUUGCAGCCACCAGACCCCACGCAGAGGAGUUACAUCUUCGCCACGGAAUCAGAGAUGGACAAGAAACGGUGGCUCGCAGCGCUCGAGUAUUCGAUCGAUCGAUGGAUAAAGAUUGGUUGACAAAGGCCGACUUACCGUACGAAGAAGCAAAGAAGUCGAAGCAGCGAAGACCCUUUGAGAUGUCCUUCGCCUCUUUCUGUUUCCGGUUCCUAACGAACAUUGUCGAAAAUCACAAAUUCAUCGAUCACCGUCGCCUUUAUCACCUCGAUCGUCGUUCGCAAGUUCAUCGCGUGGAUCGUGUCGCAAAUACUCUUCAAAUUCGCGAUUCGUCAGAAAUCAUGAUGAGCGAUUUCAUUAUCUAUUAUGAAAUAUCGUUUGCCUUCGUAAAGAAUUUUCAAUUUUUCUUCUCUCAUUCGUUCGUUCGGCUAAUUUAAUCGAUGAUAAUCUUUUAAAUCGGUCAUAUUUUGCUCCCUUUUCCCGUGAAGAAAUCUUAUUUUCUAAAUCCAAACUUUCUCAAAUGUUGUUCAAUUAUGUAUCAAACGACAUUGGAUUAGAGAAAUUUCUAUCUAUAAUUAACUCUUAAGCGCCUCUUUACAAUUUCAAUUUUAUACAGAUUUUGUGUAAAUUUGAUCCUUUAUUGUAUAAAUUUCGAUAAUUCUGCUGUUUGCAAUUUUUAAAAAUUUCGUCGCUUUCUUCUAUAGCUGUUUAUAUUUAUACGAAUUUUCGUCGAUCUCGUUGUUGCCGGUGAUUCCGAUGCUCGAUUCGUAAAACUUCGUCAAUCUCUUAGUGUCACGGAUCAUUUUUUAUAAUAAUUGCUGAUUACCAGUGGCGUUGCAUUUAUCAAAAAUUCAAUAUUCGUAACGCAAUUGAUACUUGAAACAAUGUUUCUCAAACGUGUAUUAUAUUUAAAACAUAGUGUGCUAUUGAUUUUCGAUAUUUCUUUCAAAAUAAAAAAAAAAAAAACAUUGCUUAUCCAAAUAAUUUUAAUCGUAAAAUAAUUCAAAGGUAAUUGAUUUCGUUAGAUAUUUUUUUAUCUUUGAAGAAAGAAUUUUUUAAUUAUUUUAAUAAAUACAUUUAUAAAGUCGCAUUACGUACACGAUAUUUCAUUUAUAUAUCGUAUGUAAUGUUAAUAAACUUGCAUAAUAAUAUGUAGGCUAUAAGAUAAAAUUUAAUUUAUUUAAACAUUUUAUAUUUCAAUUUUUUAACCAACUCACUUUCACUGUCAUUCAGACAUUUAAUACGAUCUAGUGUAAUAUCGAUUAACAUCAUUAAUAUCGUCAACGAUCACUGAACGAAUAAAAAUCAGCUUCAAGAUCCCUUUCAUUUCCCUACCAAAUAUAUACGCACAAUUUUUACCGUUUGUAAUAAUCGUUACUUUUUCGAUAAUGAUGCUCACGAAACGCAUAAAGACUUGCAAACAUCGUAAGAAAGUAAGGAAACAGUAGCUACUACGUCGUUUAAAAUGACAGAGAAUUUGAGAAACACUGUUUCAAGCUAGUGCCAGUAUCGAAUCAGACAAAUCUCGAUACGAUAGAACUUCGUCUAUCCGGAUUUUAUUCAUUGGAAUUGCUACUUGAAAAAAUUUUAUUUCGUCGUGUUAAUAGUUAUUAAUUUUGUGAGGUUAGUCAUUAUCAUUGAAAGGGUUAAUAAUCGAAUUUUACUGAAUUCUUAUUAUAUUGUAGUAUAGAGAUGAUCUAUGCUUUUUAUUAGGUUGUAUAAGAUUUUAUAACAUCGUACGAAUGCUAUUACGUCGCUAGAUGUCUCGUCAAUCGAUGUAAAGAUGGCUAAUUCCUUAAUCUAGAUAAAAGAAGUUCUAUCGUAUUUAUUAUAAUCUUCGUGAUUCGUGUCUCGUGACUUAGUAAAUUUUUGUAUUGUUAAUCAGCUUUUGGAUUCUGUUUUUAUAUAUACAAACGUUGCAUACUUUAUCGACACACAGGAAUUGAAAUCACACUCGACAAGCGUGGAACAUCAAAUUAAGAAGAAGAAAAAAAGAAGCAAGGGGAUGAUGAGAAUUGUUUAUUCACCAACUGUGUCUUGUAUUAAAAUGAUUACGAUUAUCGACUUUUUCUCUUACAGAAUUAGGAUUCGAUUUAGAUUUUAAGAGAAUUUUAACUGUCGUCCACCGAAUUUUCAUUGGAAAAUUUUUCUCAUUGCAGAAUCGAGGAUACAUUAGGUCGAUGCAAAUGAAAUGGCUGAAUUUGAACGUCUGUAAUUUUAUCGAAAAUAAAUUUGUUAAUGAAUUAACAUGUAAUUCAACAGAUAUAAUACAUUUUGAAAAGUUUAAUAAAAAAAAAAAAAAGAAAUAAAAAAUCUUUUAUUUCGUAAUAAGAAAGUUUUGUUUAAGCUUUAAAUUUUCAUAACUCAUGACUUUCGUGUCAUAAAUAUUAGAAAUAUUAAUUGGAACGUUUAGCUGAAUUCAAAUUUUGAAUGUUUUUACACUUUUAUAAUAUUGGCCAUUUCAUAUGCAACAAUUUAAUACAUUUUCCAAAAGCAUUGUUCGUACUUUAUUGUACACUCUGGUACAGUCAACAAACUCAACAAAUGCUCGAAAAUUAUUGUAACGUUAAUUAAAAGUUACAUAUUACCACGACAAACAAUAACAAACAGGAUUUCCUUCGUUAUUCGAGUUGUAUUUGUUUUAAAAAUUUAAACAAACGUAUUGUGUCUUUAAAAUUGAAUGAAAGAUUCAUAAGAAUCGUGAUUAAUUAACAGUUUGAAUUAGAAUCGGAUAAAAAUAAUACAUUUAUUUUAAAUGAAAUUUUUAUUCGAAAAAUGAUCCUUUCCUUAUGUAAAUAGCUGAAGAUUUAUUCGGAUAAUCGUUAAAACAAAAAGAAAUAAGAGAAGAAAAUUCAAGAAGAGAAAAUUUAAAUAUAAAUUUUACAAAAGAAAAAAAAAAAAAUAUUAAAGAUUUGAUUGUUCGAAUAAUUUUCAACCAAACUGAGAGAAAGGUCAUUGAAGAAUAAAGCGCGAAUAAAAAUAAAAAUCAAAAAAGAACCAUCGCGAAAAUUCCCCUCGUGCGAAGAAAAACAAUUUUUUCGCCCAACAAGAUUUGCUUUCUUCCGCGUGCUUGUUGCGUGAGUACGAACAAUCCAACAACUAAAUCACACGUGACCGUGUGUAAUUGGAAUUGCCGCCAUUAUAUCGCCAAUAUUCUUACCGCCAAAUAUUUGUAUCGAUAAACCACGCGAAUCGUAAUCUUAGAAUCGAAGAGGAAUCAAAAUAAUAAUCUUUCCUCGAGAAACGAAGAAAAUAAUUUCGAGAGUGAUAAUUUCAAGGGGGAUCGGGGAACGAAGAGUAUUUCAACGAAGAUUAAGCGUGAGCGCCCGUGUUAAUUGCGACAGAAAUCGAUAGAUGUCGCGCGGAGAGCAGAAGAGGAACGAAGGACAGGGAUACAAUCCGAAAGUGCGUCCAUAAGUGACGCGAGGAAACGCCAGGAAAAUUGAACGACAGACCGCUCAAAAAAAAAAAAAAAAAAAAUAAAAAAAAGCACACAGAUAAUAAAAUAGGAAGUUUAAUACAAUUGUAGAAUGAAGUGCGUCAAUUAUUUACCUGUCACCCUUCGAGCUGGUUUGAAGGACGUUGGUUUUAUUGCUGUUUAGAUGAUGCAGUGUCUUUUCCAUAGGUAGGAGGAUCCUCUUACCGCCGAGAAAGCCGGACAGCGGUCGCUCUUAUUGACCAAUAUAGACAUUUCUUUCUUGGACUCUGUAUAAAAUAGUUUUUAUACAGAUGUUCAUUACUAUUCUUUGUGGAUAUCAUUUUCUUUGAAUUUGUUUUAUUGUGAUUCAAUUGGUAAAUUAUUCACGUAGAGAAAGAGAGAGAGAGAGAGAGAGAGAGAGAGAGAGAGAGAGAAAGAGAGAGAAAUCUAUAUUCUUUUUAUAUUUAGCGAAAAAACAGUUGGUUUUUUAAAUAGAAAUGUAUUUAUUAUGUGAUAGAGUGGAACGAAAUAGAAGGAAAAUUUUUAUGCAUUUAAGAUUCAUUGUAGUGAAUAAAAAUUAUAUUAAUUCGUUUUUCGUUUUUGACAAAUAACAUUCUUUUGCAUAUGUAAUAAUUUUAAAUAGGAGAAAUUUGAACGUUAAAUUUGAAAAUUUAAACUGAAAAGAAAAUAUUAUUUUAUUAGAAUUCGUGUUUUAUUUAGAAUUUGUUUUACUCAAUUUUGAUCUUUUUCGUUCUACUCUAAAUAAUAUUGUAUUAACUGGUCGAUAAAAAAUUAAAUUGGAAUAUUUGUAAUGCAAAAUCUAUUAAGCCAAGUUAAGCACAUUAUUAUUCAUCAAAAUUAAUAUUUAUUUUAUCCAUAAUUUUACAAUAUAUCAUUAAGACCUCGAUAUGAAAAUUUUAUAUAAUUUUAAAUUUUCAAUAUCACUCUAUUAUUUCACAUUAAGAUAAAAUUUAUAACCAAUGGCCAGUUAACAAGUUUCUUUGUUUAAACUUUUGUAGUGGAUGUAUGUGAUUGUAAUUAAGAUAUGGGUGAAAAUGUAUAAAUAAUUAUGUCUUCGUUGUUAAUUAAGUAUUAUUAUAGAAUAUUUGAUAAAAUUAUUUGGAAUGAAUCAUAUAAUUGGAAUAAAUUAUAAUCGUUUCACUCUAUUAUAAAAAAAUAUAUAAAAGAAGAUAACCUUACGAGCUAUGAUACUUUAUUGUAUUUUUAUUGUAUUUUUAAAUAUGAAAAAUUUUUGAACAACUUUAUAAAAACUUUAAGCUUUUAUAAAUAAUUUAUUUAAUUAACGAUUGUACUACAUAUUAUUAAUAAUUUUUUUUAGCCUUAACUAUUAUUUAAGAAAGAUAUUCCAAAUUCAAAUAUAUGAUUCAUUCUAUAUAUAUAUAUAAAUCAAUAAAAAAUCAUUUUCUGUAAAGUGAAAAAGCGCACAAAUUCAAAUUUGCGAAUUUAUUGAAGAAACAUAUUGGUUAAGAAUUAAAAAAUUCAUAAAUAAGUAAAAAAAUAAAUAAAACAAAAAAUAAGAAUGUUAGUGGCUUUAUGAUAAUAAUCUCACAUAAAAAAUAGCGAUUUGUUGUUUUUAUGAAAAUCAAAUCAUAAAAUUUCGAAUUAAUUUUUUGAUUAUCAUCUGAAAUUCAUAAAAAUACACUAAUAACAUAAUUUUUAUUGAAUAAAAUGGCUGAUUCGUUCGUUCGAAUUUUUUAAACAUUUUACUAAUAAGAAUUUUUAUAAAAUGUAUGAAAAAAAUUGUGCAAUAUUAUUGUAACAAAUUAGAAUCAGUGUGAUUGUAAAAGUACAAAAAGGUCAAAUGUAACCGUGUCCGUCUUUCUAGUGCCAAAACUGGAAUUAUUUAAUUGAACCAAUCGAGAUUGUAAUAAAUGUCGUUGAGAGAAAAUAA